AUGUCGGCGCCCAGCCCCAUCCCUCCCCCAAACGACCGCCGGAGCUCGCAGGCGUCCACCCAUAGCCUUCACAGCGGUGUGCCGCCCGAUGUCGACGACAGAAUCACGGUCGGUGGCCCUCCUGGCAGUCCUUCGCCUCUGGCUCUGAGAGCCUCCAACUCACCCUCUUCGAAGCGCCGACACAGCCGAAUCGUCAAAGUCCCACCCGAGUUCCAGUCGCUCGAAUACGUCUCGACCCCCGACAGCAACCUCGUCUGCCUCAUCUGCCACACCCCCUUUGACAAGCCCGUCCAGCUGGCCUGCGAGCACUACUUUUGUCGCGACUGUCUUGACCAUGCCUGGGCCCCUCAGGCCAACGGUCGCAGGACCUGUCCGACGUGUCGCGCCAAGGUGGAGAGCGAAAAGGACAUUCGGCCUGUUCCCAAGAUUGUCGAGACCAUGUUGGACGAACUGGUGGUCAAGUGCUCGAAUAGCAAGGCUGGCUGCAACUGGGUGGCCCAGCGCGCCAAUGUCAACGACCACGUCAUGCUGUACUGCGAGUACACGCCAGUCGAGUGUUCUGGCCAGGACUGUCGCCUGCAAAUCUCCCAAAAGGACUUCCACAAGGGCUGUUUGCACUACACGGUGAGCUGCGAGCACUGCCGCGCUUCGGUCAUGAAGAAGGAUCUCGAGGCAAGUUGGUCGGACAUCACUACAAGACACUACGUACUAACAGCUACGCAGGAGCACCAGCGCAACAUCUGCUUCAAUCGAACUACGAAAUGCACAUUAUGCUCUGCCGAGCUUCUUCGUCUGGACCUCAAGUCGCACAUGAAUGAUAGCUGCCCCAAGAACGUCAUCUCGUGCCAGGGCGCCAUCGUCGGCUGCAAGUUCAGCUCUGAGCGCGCCACUGUGCUCGAGCAUGAAAAGAGUUGCGCAAUGGCGACCAUGGCACCGCACUUCCGCGAACAACAAGCCCGAAUCGAGAGGAACGAAGCACGACUAGAGCCUUUGACCAGGAAAGUCGGCAUUUUGGAAGACGGACUUUCCAACAUCACAAACUACCUGUAUCCAUCCAACAGCAACGAUUCUUCAUUCCCCGUCACGGAUCCCCUGGAUGCAAAUGAUACCGAGCAUCAAGCGCCGACGCCCGAUUUCCGCCUCCCUCCCGCUUCCUUUCCACCAGUGGCACCAGGCACGGAGGGCACGCCUGCACAGCCACCUUUUGACUCCCAGGUCCACCACCUGCUCACCCUGCACGACUCCCUUCGCGAGGAAGUGUCUCGCAUCGCAAAUGCACUGACCGACCUUGAUGGUCGCACCAACAUGAUGAUUAUUAAUGAGAGCCAACGCGCAAAAGACGAGAUGCUGCAUGCUAAUGCUGCUAUCAGUAGUAUGCGCAUGCACUUGCAAUGGCUGAUAAGCGCUACCAUUCACCAGCGCUCAAAUUCCACGGCUCGUAGCUCCGGUAGCACAAGCGCAACAGCGAGCGGAAGCAGUGAAACACGAACCACUGCAUCUAGACCGGGUCCCAGUACAACGUCCCAAGGUCCCUUCCGUAGGCUAAGCGACUCGAAUCGACAGGACACGAAGUUGUGA